AUGGGCGGAGAUGGAUGGAGCAAAUUAAAGGAUAUGUUUGGAAAUCAGGUAAAUUUUGAUUCGACGAAACGUGCCAUUGGGGUCACGUACAUCAAAAAUGGGCGCACAUUCAGUCCGACAGCUUCACAGGAAGUAAUCCUUUCGGCAGGUGCGAUCGGAAGUCCACAUAUUCUGAUGUUGUCUGGAAUCGGGCAUUCCGACCAUUUGGAGUCCUUUGGGAUUAGAACCAUAUCAAACCUCCAUGUUGGAGAUAAUCUACAAGAUCACGUCCUAUCGCUGGCUGGACCUUUCAUGUUGAACGAUACUGUGUCCUACAUUUCCGACAGGGAUUUGAGUAUGGGAGCUGCGGAGCUCUACCUUCGGAAUCAUACAGGGCCCUUAGCCUCUGACGCCAUGGCCGCAAUUGGACUUUUUAGUACAGCCCAACCUCCAGAACCGAAUUGGCCGAACUUGAAUGCAGUAUUGUAUCCAGUCGGGAUCCACAAGUCAUUCGGGGAAGACUUUGAUUUUAUUUUUGGCUUAAAGGAUGGAACCAUAAAAUCAUAUGUAAAUGGAUUUAUUGGACGGGAUGCAAAUCUUCUCGGAUUUAAUCUGGGACUCCCAAAAAGUAGAGGAACAAUUCGUCUCCGUUCAGCAAAUCCGCUCGAUAAACCGGUCGUUGAUUUGAACUAUUUCAGUCAUCCGGACGAUAUGAAGGAGAUGAUUCGUGGGUUGAAAAUGUUGAUUAAACUUUACGAGAAAACUGAAGCUUUUCGGAAAUACAAUGCGACGUUAAUACCAAAUCAUUUCCCUGGAUGCGAACACCAUAUUUUGAGAAGUGACGAGUAUUACGAAUGUUUCUUGAGACAUUUAACAGGGACGACGUGGCAUCUGAGCUGCAGUGCAAAAAUGGGGAGUGCGGAUGAUCCAAAUGCUGUAUUAGAUUCACGAUUGAGGGUGCGUGGAGUGAAGGGGCUGCGAGUUGCGGACGCGUCCAUAAUGCCGAGAAUAACAAAUGCUAACCUGAACGCACCCGUUAUUAUGAUUGGAGAGAAAGCAGCGAGUAUGAUAUUGGAUGAUUGGGAGAGAAGUACAGAAUUUCAAGGAUUUUAA